CGUGUAAACUACAGUUGGUGGGGCGAGCGAAAAUGUCUUGAGAGCGAAUAUUGAUCGUCAAGCGAAGACAGUCGAUGCUACCAGGAUUUAUAUCGUCUCUUUUUGAAUCUUCGUACCUCAUCUGGGAAUAUCAAAGCUGUUCUUUUGGUGAAGCAUAUCUGAGGUGGCCUUUAGCACCUAGAGCAACACAUCUCCAAGUGGCAAGAAGACCAGAUACAGAGUGAAGAGAUUGUUUUUGUUUUUUUGCUCUCACCGAGAGCUGUUUUUCUCACUCUCCCUCACAAUCUCUCAUCCCAUCUGUUGGAGCACUUAUGCCAAGGCAGUUUCAUAAGCAGCAAAUCAUCUCUUGUCUGCGUUACUUUGAGUGACACUUUUUCUCAAGAUCAUUGCUGUCUUUUUGGAAAAGCGGCAGUUUGGCCAUUUGUGAUAUUUUUACAGCCAAAGUCUGCACUCAUUGAAACCCCUCAUAGAAGGGCUCUGAGCCCACAUUUCUUUAAUUCAACAUUUUUUGCAGGAGAAGCAAUGGAUUUCUCUCCUUAGUUAUUUUAACAAACAGCCAGCAACCAUGAUUCACCUGUAUGUACAUAGUAGUCCCACUUAAAUUAAAGUUAUUCCUGUCUUCACCUUGGCUGACACCUUAAUCAGGCUGUACCAGCUUCAUCCUACUCUAGUAUGAGUUAUGACAACCCUAAAUCAAUGCCCAGCAGCAGCACUCAGGGAAGAGUGGCAAGGGCCGACGAGAAAGACAAUGACCAGGAAGCGGAGUCAGAAGGGUUAAAGACCAGCAGCGGUCAGCCCGGUGCCAAUGUCGCCGAUCAGGAUCAGGGGAGCGGAUCUGGAGGCGGCUCAUCACCCAGUGGAGGUUCGGGAUCCGGAAGUUCGUCCGGACACCAAAGGGGGCCCAACUCCGACGAUAUGGACGGACUCUCAAGCGGGAACGACUCCGGCGAGAGGGAAAGCGAGGGCGGGAUGGAGAGGGAGAGCGGGUCUCGUGGGCGCCAGUCCACACGCAGCUCCCACAGCUCGUCGAACGGCAAGGACUCGGGCAUGAUGCUGGAAACCACGGAGAGCAACAAGAGCUCCAACUCCCAGAGCCUUUCCCCUCCCAGCGGCUCCCUGGCCUACAGCCUGCUGUCGACCAGCUCGGAGCACGACCCUCCCUCCACCUCUGGCUGCAGCAGCGACCAGUCGGCGAGGGUCCAGACCCAGAAAGAGCUCAUGAAGGCCAUCAAGGAGCUGAAGCUCCGCCUGCCCAGUGAGCGCAAGGCCAAGGGCCACUCCAGCACUCUAAACGCUCUCAAAUAUGCACUUCAGUGUGUGAAACAAGUCCGAGCUAACAAGGAGUACUACCAUCAGUGGAGUGUAGAGGAGUGUCACGGCUGCAGUCUGGACCUGUCUGCCUUCACGCUCGAGGAGCUUGACAACAUCACCUCAGAGUACACCCUCAAAAACACUGAUACUUUCACCAUGGCCGUGUCAUUCUUGUCAGGGAAGGUCGUGUACGUAUCGCCCCAGGGCUCGUCCCUGCUGCGCUGUAAGCCCGAUUGUCUUCAGGGGACUGUGUUUUCCGAGCUUUUGGCCCCGCAGGAUGUCAGCACUUUCUACAGCGGCACGGCACCCUGCCGCCUGCCACCAUGGGCCUCCUGCAUCGGGUCUGCGUCUCCUCCAGUUGACUGCACCCAGGAGAAGUCCAUGUUCUGUCGAAUCAGUGCUGACCGGACGCAGGGCGGCGAGUUGCGCUACUACCCCUUUCGCCUCACUCCCUACCAGCUCACCAUCAGAGACUCGGAUGUCGCCGAGCCACAGCCCUGCUGCCUGCUCAUCGCAGAGAGGGUCCACUCUGGAUAUGAGGCUCCUCGUAUCCCUCCAGACAAGAGGAUCUUCACCACCAGUCACACUCCCAGCUGCCUCUUCCAGGAAGUUGACGAGAGGGCAGUGCCAUUGUUGGGCUACCUGCCUCAGGACUUGGUGGGAACCCCCACCCUGCUCUACAUCCACCCUGAAGACAGGCCCUUGAUGGUGGCUAUACAUGAGAAGAUCUUUCAGUUUGCAGGGCAGCCGUUCGAGUAUUCACCCUUGAGGAUGUGCGCCCGCAGCGGGGAAUAUCUGACCAUCGACACUAGCUGGUCUUCCUUUGUCAACCCCUGGAGCCGGAAGGUGGCGUUCAUCGUAGGGCGCCACAAAGUCAGAACGAGCCCUCUGAAUGAAGACGUCUUCACGAUGCCACAGGGCUACGAGAGUCGGGUCACCACGCCCGACGUCGUCCAGCUGAGCGAGCAGAUCCACCGGGUCCUGGUGCAGCCGGUGCACAGCGGCAGCUCUCAGGGCUACAGCUCGUUAGGGUCCAGCGGCUCGCGGGGGUCCCGCCGUUCACACCAACAGCACCACAGUGCCUCCGCCACCUCGUCCAGUGACAGCAAUGGCCCCGCCAUGAACAAGGCUGCCACCGCGGUCACUUUGCACAAGCCGAUGACGUUCCAGCAGAUCUGCAAAGACGUUCACAUGGUCAAGACCAAUGGACAGCAGGUGUUUAUUGAGUCCCGUAACCGGCCACCGCCCAGAAAAAACACCAGCACAGGCCCAACAAGCAUCAAAGCCGUCACCAGUGACCCAGUCAGAGGUUUGAUAGCUGACCUGACCAAACCACCCAAAGCAUUGAUCCCUGCACCACUUGUACAGAAGGAGGCCCCUACUGGAUACUCCUACCAGCAGAUCAACUGUCUGGACAGCAUCAUAAGGUACUUGGACAGCUGUAACAUUCCUAACACAGUGAAAAGGAAGUGCGGCUCCUCCUCCUGCACCUCCACAUCUGAUGACGACAAACAGCAGGAGGCCAGUGGCAACAACAAAGGUGGUUCAGUUAGCCUCGUAGGUGAACCACCUUCUCUGCCCCCCCUGACCAUGGCCACAAAGGCAGAGAGUGUCGCCUCAGUCACGUCCCAGUGUAGCUUCAGCAGCACCAUCGUGCAUGUGGGAGACAAGAAGCCUCCUGAGUCAGACAUCGUCAUGGAAGAGGCUCCUACAACUCCCACCCUUGCUCCUCCAACGAGUACCCUGAUUCGUCCCGCCAGCAGCCCAACACCACCCACUAACACAGCCAUCACCCCCCCUCCUCCGCCUCCUCCUCCUCCACCCCCUCCCCCUCAAACCACUCAGCCAGAGAGGGACAGCCGGAGAAGUGGAAGUGUAGGAGGUGGUGGAGGAGGCCGGAUGGGCUUGACAAAGGAGGUGCUAUCCGCCCACACCCAGCAGGAGGAGCAGGCGUUCCUUGACCGCUUCAAGGACCUUAGCAAACUGCGCGUUUUCGAUCAGACGGCGUCUUCGACUCUGCGCUGCCAUACCCCGGCUGCCAACCCUCUGUCACGAGGAGUGCGUUGUUCUCGAGACUACCCAGCCGCAGGAAGCAGCACCGGCCACAGACGUGGUCGUGGCGGUAAGAGGCUCAAGCACCAGGAGUCAUCUGACCAGCACAGCUCACUGGGCCUGAGCGGGAGUCGCCGUGACCCCAGAACAAGCACAGUUCCCAUGCCCCUCAACAUGCCUCUCGGACCCCCAACAAACUCCUCCUCUUGGCCGUCCGUAGGCUCGCAGGCCAGCAUUCCCGCCGCCCCUUUCGCUCCCGGUAUGCUUCCGAUCUACCCUGUUUACCCGCCGCUCGCACAGCCCUUCCCCCAGCCGGUUCCAGAUCCAUCACGUUUCCCGGCUACCCAGAUGGUGCCUCCCAUGAUGGCCCUCGUUCUGCCCAACUACAUGUUCCCUCAGAUGGGAGCACCCAUCCCUCAGCCAGGCGCCACCCCCGGACACUUCUACAAUCCUAACUUCACAUACCCCGGCGCCACCCCAGCUGCUAUUCCCACUGUCAUUUCCAACCCGGUACCCAUUCCAGCCACCUGCGCCCCGUCUCGUAGCAGCACCCCCCAGUCUUACAGUCAGACCCCUGCUGACCGUGAGGGUGCAGAGUCCCCCCUCUUCCAGUCCCGAUGCUCCUCUCCUCUCAACCUGUUGCAGCUGGAGGAAUCACCAAGCAACCGGUUAGAGGUCGCCACAGCCUUGGCAGCAUCACAGCAAGCCACGCCUUCUGUGCAGGGCGGCGCCGCCGGGGGACAGACCUCAGCCAAUCAAGGGAGCUCCGAUGAUACCUCCAAGGAGAAUGAGAACGGUGAGUCCAACCAAGAUGCCAUGUCCACUUCCAGUGACCUGCUGGAUAUGUUGCUGCAGGAAGACUCCCGCUCAGGCACCGGCUCAGCUGCCUCUGGCUCAGGGUCCUCAGGGACGAGGUCCUCUGGUUCAGGCUCUGGCUCCAACGGCUGCAGCUCCUCUGGCACCAGCGGCACCAGCAGCAGCCAGGGCAGCCACACCAGCAAGUACUUUGGUAGCAUUGACUCGUCAGAGAAUGAUCAUUCCCGCAAACAGCCAGCAGGGGGCAGCAGUAGCGCCGGAGGGGACGGUGGCGAGGAGCAGUUCAUCAAGUGUGUCCUGCAGGACCCCAUCUGGCUGCUGAUGGCCAACACUGACGACAAGGUCAUGAUGACCUAUCAGCUGCCUGUCAGGGACAUGGAGACGGUGCUGCGAGAGGACCGCGAGGCCCUGAGGAGCAUGCAGAAACACCAGCCACGCUUCACCGAGGAGCAGAAGAAGGAGCUGAGCCAGGUGCACCCCUGGAUCCGCACAGGACGCCUGCCCCGAGCCAUCAACAUCUCUGGCUGCGCAGGCUGCAAGUCUCCCCCCUCCGUGCCUCCCUCCGCUCCGUUCGACGUGGAGAUCCACGAGAUGGAGCUGUGCAACGUGCUGAAAGCACAGGAGGAGGACGGCGGCAAGGGGAAGGAAACUCUGUCAGCGACAGCCAUGGACGAGGCUCACCCAGAAGAUGAGGAUGAAGAAGACGAGGUAGAGGAGAAAGACACCAAAACACAAGGCGGACGACAAGACAUGCCAGCAGAGGAGCAGGGGGCGGCCUCAGAAGAAGCUGUGACUGAAAAGUCUCACAUGACUCGCUAAGAUGGUGGCCGAAGAUGAAGCACUAUUGUGACCUUUUUAAUGCUGAUAUGCAGAAAAUGUGCACCUUCCAGGACUUUCUGUGCCCAAAACAUCAUUACACAAGGUGUAAAAGUUGUUAAAAUUGGGAUUCGCUGGGACAUGCGGUGCAUAUUGAUCGAGGCAACUUCCAUUUAUUGUUUGACAGGUCAGGCAGGACACUUGGCCCAGUUAAUUCUUCGCCAAGUCUGACUUUGAUGACAGCACAAGAGGCAUGUUGUAUGACUGCAUAUUAAAUGCCUUGGAAACUACAGGACAUGCACAUUCAGUUUCAGAGAGCGAAUUAUCUUUCCCUCCCCCCUCACCCGUUCUCGUAGUUCUCGGCAUAUUUAUUUAACUUGUAAGAUAAUCAGAGAGGACUGAGGUGAAUGUGUUACAAAAAGGCGCCUUUAUAAAAAGAUGGAUGUUCUUCACCGCAGUGUCCUCCUUGAUGUUUUCAUCUCUCCUGUUCAGGGUUCAGCUCACGAGGAAAGAGGGGAGUUAAAUCUGUGACUUUUCUUCUCGUUGAAUGUUUCCUAGGUUGUUUGGGGUCCUGCUCCCGCCUAGAUCCUGUUUCUCUCGAAGACAAGGCUUUUGUUGAUGAAAAACAUUUGUCCAGACUAAAGAAAAAGCCACUUUCCCCCACUGGAGAACAUGUGCAGUGAGAACCAGGGUUUAUUUUGUAAACAUUGUGUAUAUUUUUAUACUUUCAAUCCCAUGCAAAUGGAGACAGGACAAAUGCCUGAAAGAGUGUUUGUACUGUAAAAAGUGUAUGUGAAAAUCAAGGAUUCAAAUCUUAUCCGGCAGAAAAACAAUCACUUUAGGAUCUGAAGCAGAGCUUGUGUGUCUCAUGACGCAGUUGCUUUACUCAAGCGACAUAAAGUCAGUGGCGGGGCAGCGUGGCCAUCGCCAACAGGUCGAGUUGGACUUCUAAGGUUCCUCUUUAGCCGGGCAUUAGUUUUCACAAACAUCACAGACACUGUUUCCUAACUGCCAGCACGCUAAAGGAGCUGCGACGUCUUCAGCGGAGGGAGAGCUUUGGUUGCCGGUGCUCGCUCGCGGCGUUAAGUGGAUUUGAAAGAGGUGGACUUAACUCAUAAAAAGUCUCGGGAGUUUGGAGAGUGUUUACUAUCUUUUUUCCUCUCUGUCCCUUUCUCUGUGGCACUGUUCUGGUCAUGUGAUAUCCUAUGCUUUAUGGCGUCAGUGGUGUCUGCAACAGUUUCUUAAUAUUUUUGUGAAAUUCUUUGUACAAAAAAAACACAAUAAAAAGACUUGAAAACUUUA